AUGAGUACUCUCCAGAACGUCGAUUCCGUCGCCAACCCCAAGCAGGGCAGCUUCAAGCCCACUGUCGCGCCCGAAGGCCCUAUCACCACUAAGGGUCACCAACCCGGUCGCAAGGUCAAUGAAGCCGACCAGCGUCCCGAGUUCCACAUGGAAGCUCACCCUCGCGGUACCGCGCCCGCAAGCAGCUCCUACACAUCGAACCCGAUCUCUGAAGUCGGCGGACAGGCAAACAACCCCAAUGUAAACGGUGGAGAAAUCAAGGAGCCUACUUUCACCUCCGCCGCAGACACCCUCAUGGGAUCCACCUCCGCAGAUGUCGACCAAGGUUUCGGCAAGCCUCUACAAGGCCAGACCAACGUCGAGCUCAAGCAUGAUGGCCAGCACGGUCGGAAGAAACAAUCUGCCGGUUUGGAAGGUAUGGGCGCCACUACUCAGGAUCGCGGAAUUGAGCGCCAGUUCCCCGACCAGCGUGGCCUUGAGCGGGAAGAGGGUGGUGUGAGUGGUACUCGGGGCAACAAGUCUUCGCGUGCCACCGCUGAAGAGAUGCAGCCUGAGUCUGCCGAGACUUUGAGCCAGGAGUGGAAAUAUGAGUCCAGCACUAAGCGUGAUAAGGGACAGCAGAGCAAGCACUGA